AGGGCCAAUCUUCAGAAUGUAUAUAACAUAGCAACUGCAUAAUUAUAACAGCCUACAACCCAACAAAAAAACACGGAACGACUAAUGCAAGUUAAUGAAAUUAUCUAAUACGAGGUACUAACGAGAGAGGUGGAGCGGAAUAAAGUAAAGUAAUGCAAAAUAACUAAGCCGAGGCAUACCAUUUUUAAUGUUCAAGUAGCGAGACACAAAUUUACCAAGAAAAUACCUUAAAUACGAGUACUUUGGAGGGACAGAUGAUAGAAAUGGAAAUGGAAAUAAAAAUGGAUAUAGGAUGCGAUAAUCGAUAAUACACAGAAGCAGCAGAAAGCAUUAGAGGGGGGGAGAGAGAGAGAGAAAGCGCUAUAGACAGAGAUGAUAUAUGAGAUGAUGUGCCGUUUGAGAUAUACAUACAUAUAGCAGAAUUAAAUACAAUUAGCGCAAGACGAUUCAGAGUCGAGUGCACUGACAUUUAUCCCCUAGAAUGAUAUUGUUUUCUUACCUAUUUAAUUUGUUGUAGCAUUUGUCAUAGCCACAUACUAUAGUUGUGUAUAUAACUAGUUAAAAUUGUGCAUAAAGAACGGUUAUCUUAAGUAUAUAAAUACAAUACACGUAAAUACACACAAAGGUGAAUAUUAGACAAAGAUACAGAUACAGUUACAGAUGCAGAUACUGAGACACGGAUACAGACAAAUGACACAGAUACAGAUACAAAUACAGAUACUGAGAGACAAUGGAGAGACACUAAUGCAAUGGCAAGAUGUGCAGCGCAGCAGAAAGAUAAUGCGAAAAUAAUAAUUCUAUUAUUAAAAACAAAACAGAACAAAACAAAAAAAUAUACAACAAUAAAACUUGGACCUAGGUAUAUGAUUCUGAAUUUAAAUAAUUUUUAGCAAUGCAGAACAAACCAAAAACAAAACAGAAGAAACUCUAAACACUUGAAUGAAAUGAAAUUAAAUGAAAACCUUAUAGAAAAAUACAAAAAAUAAUACAAAAAUUGAAAAUUGAUGAAUUGAAUUAAGUAAAGGUAAAGGUAAUAAUUGCUCAAUUUAGCAGAGAGUAUAAAUAAAGAAUUAUACGUUAAGUAAUAAUUUCAAAAUGCAAACAAUCUCUUGACUUUCGGGCUGGGCGGAAAGUGUGGUCCGAUAGCAAUCGAUAGUCAUCGAUGACUGCGCAUCCAAUGCGCAUGUCCUGGACCUCGUGUCAGAUUCACUGACAGCUUCUGCAGCUUCAAGUGUAUAUACACACACCUGGCCGAUACACCUCGCAACGUAUAGCAGGACCUGCUGCAGUGGCAAAUGUAUCCAUAAUGAAAUCCGAAAUUUAAUAAAAUGUUGACCGCCCUGCGUCGCAAAUUUCGGCUUGGAAUGCAACGAACGGUUCUGAUUGCGGUCCUGCUGGCAGUGGGCCUCUUCAGCUAUGCCUUCCUCAACCUCAAGUUCUGCUUCAAGCUCAUGUCGCACAGGAGUCUCAAUCUCAUGUGCCAGAAGUUUGAGCAGCAGGAAUACAGUGGCUCGCUGUGCGAAGAGCUCUGCGGGGCACAGUCCACCUUUGACAACUUCCAGUGUCCGCUGAACGACAUGAAGACCAUUCUGUUUACGGCCGAAAAGAACGGUGAUAUGUAUGCGGUGAAGCUGGCCAGGCACAACGAUGACGAGCUGAGCUGGAAGAACACCAAAGGGGAGGCGAUUUACCCAAAGAUUGAAGAGUUUCAUGAGAUUGUCAAGUUACACAUUAUACUCGCCUACAAUGUCACCCUCGACGACAACAUGAUACGUGCGUUGGUCAACCAGGAAAUUGCCGAUGACAACUCCCAGCAGAUGGUCAGCUUCUGGCGUUUGUUCAAGGACAACAACUACAUGAUGGGGAAGCUGUUCGACGAGGAGUCUGUUUUCCCAGCAGUACUCGGGUCCUGUGGGCCCUACUAUGCCACCGAGGGACUGGAGAUAGUGCAAUCGAAUCCAAGCAUUAUGCAGUAUUUGGCCUCAAAUCGUCAGCAGCGUCUGAAGCACGCCCUCAACAUCAUGGAGUACAUAUUCCGCAUGGAUGAGAUGAAGCCGGAGCCCUUGAAAAUGUGCAAGAUGCAGGUGAAUCGAUUUGGCACCACGCCCGAGCGUCGCCUCAAGUACCAGAGUGCCGAGCACGUGUACGUGGAGAGUCAGCUGGACAAGCGCCUGUCCCGCGGGGUAAAGUGCCAAAGCGACAAGGACUGCCACUUCCACUCCUGCCGCGGAAUGUGCAACGAGGAGCGACAUGCUUGCACCCACAUCCAGCAGAACAACAACUUCCAGAUAUUUUGUGAGCACAUUCUCCUGGGCGGCGGAACCUUCCAGCCUGGACUCUUGAGCGGUGUCCGGCUCACGCGACCCAUGCAGAAGGUGUUGAAGAUGUGCGUGCAGCCGCCCAAGGAGCAUCAGGUGCCAGGCCGCCAACAAGCACCAAAUAUGCAGCUCGCCGUGCGGCUCUACAAUGAUCUGAAGCAGCUGUAUCAAGCGGCGGCAGCGGCUGCUGGAAACGAGGCUGGCGAGGACGGACCUGGACCCCGACAGAUUGAGGAUCAACGCGGCGACUAAAUGGAAUAGUAGUAGAAAGUAGACUAAUUGCUGAGCAGCUUUAGACGACGGCUUGCUCAAAACUGAUAGCAUUUUUACAAGUAGUUCUAAUUAAUUAUUAAAAACCGAACUAAACCGGAAAUCCGAUUACA